AUGGCUCAUAAGAACUUAAAAAGAUUUGCACCACAACAUGCCCUUCGAGUUCUUGAGAAUUUUACCCCAUCUGAAAUUCCGAGAAAGCCUAUUGUACACUUCGAAACUGUAUCAAACGUUUCGAUCGAAGCAAGUGUAGAUCCACUUGUUUCACUUGUUCCUGAUGUCAAAAUAAUGGUGUCCAAAGCGAAACAGAAAUGUAAUGGACCAAAAGAUGAUUUAACAAUUGAUGAAUCUGCUUCAAUUAUGCUCUAUUCUCUGGAAUGGGAACCAAGAGAAAGAUCAUUCUAUGUUAUUCUCAACAAUACUCUGCGAGCCGAAGAUGAAGAAAAACUUAAACCAUGGCAUCUUUAUUUAAAAUUACUUGUUACUGCAUUUGAAAAAUUACCAUCAAUUUCUAAAACUAUUUAUCGAGGAGUAAAAAUGGACUUAAGUGCUCAAUAUCCAAUAGGAAAAACAUUUGUUUGGUGGGCUUUUUCAUCAUGUACUGCUUCAAUAGAAGUACUUCAAUCCGAACAAUUUCUUGGAAAGACAGGCAGCAGAACUCUAUUUAAUAUUGAUUGUGAUUCUGAAAAGGAUAUUCAACAACAUUCAUUCUUUCCAACAGAAGAUGAAAUAUUACUUAUCGCUGCUCGAAAAUUUAAAGUGGUCUCGCGUCUCGAUUCGGGCAAUGAUCUUCAUAUAAUUCAAGUAAAAGAAAUUGAAUCCGAUUAUCCUCUUCUAGGAUCGUCAAGUAAAAAACAUGAUUCUACUCAAUCAGACAAUAGAUCUCUAUUGAGCCGUCGUGAAGAUUCAACAACUACCUCUGUAGGCUCAUCUGAGCCCUUAGGACCGGCUCCACCGAUGCCACCUCAAUUUCCGGCUGGACCUCGGCCUCAAAAACCGCCUAAUUUCCCACGAUAG